AUGUUAUGUGUAGGAAUAACUAAGUCUUCUCGGGAAGAUGCUGAAUACUCUGAUCUAAUUCUAUGGAAUCCUUUGAUGGGUGAGUAUAAGACGUUGUCUAAAGCUGGUUCCGACACCAUAUGUUACAUGAAGACUAAAAGUCCAUUUGGAUUGUACUACAGCUCUUCUGAUGAUAACUACAAGAUUCUACGUGUCACCGGCUAUCAUGGUGCUUAUAUAUACUCGUUGAAAUCUGACUCGUGGAGAAAGGUCGUCAAAGAAACAUAUAACUUCGAGCCACGGCUUUACCGCUGGUUCUCAUAUACUUGGGAGCCAACUGCUUUGUUGAAUGAAAAAUUGUAUUUCUUAAAACAAAAAUGUGAUGGAAACUGUAUUCGAAACUCAUAUGCGAUUCUGAUGUUCGACACAAAGACAGAAAAGUUCACUGCGAUUGCAGCUCCUUCUUUCAAAUACCAAUUAACAACUUGUUCGAGUUUCAUGGUUCACAGAGAUCGAAUCCACUUGUAUGUCACUAUUUCGGGAGGAAACUGUGUAUUUAAUGACAACAUCGAGUUGUGGAGGAUGGAUGGAGAUGGAGAUUGGACGAAGGUGGUAAAUUAUCGCCCGAUGUCAAUUUAUCUGUGGCAUGAAUACCCACUGCACUUGAUGAUGAAUGGAAACUGGCUCAUGCAUUCACGUAAAAUUGGAGGUGGCAUUCUCCAACUAGAUAUGGACAAGCAAACUACAGACGUGGUGUAUCCAAAUAUGAAUAUAGGCAUUUAUAUCCCUCUAAGAGGCAAAUACAUCGAGACUAUUGUGUCACCCAAUCAAUAUACGAAGAAACAUCUCCAUCAGACUCUUUUAACCUGA